AUGCCCAGUGCCGGGGCAGGCGCCGACCGUGAGUCAGUGUCGGCGCGGCUGACGGGGCAGGGGCGGGCCCGGCGCGGGAGGCGGCUCGGCUCGGCCGCCCGGCCCUCCUCACCCGGGCGAUGCCUCAGCGCGGCGGCGGCGGCAGCGGGGGGGCGGGCGGGUAGCGGCAGCGGGGACGCGGCGUUACUGCCCUGCCUUUCCCUGCCCGCUGCUGGCCCUUCCUCCGCCCCCUCCCGCGUCCCCUCCCCCGCUCCGGUGCCCGACUCAGCCGCCGCUCCGGGCAGGGAGGAAGGGCUGGGAGCCGCCUCCCGCUGCCCCCGGCCGCCCCCUCCCCAUGCAGCCCGGCCCGCAGCUGGGAGCCCUCCCCGGGGGGAUGUUUCUGCGACCGCUGCCGGGAUAACCGGAGCGCGUCCGCCCCCGCCCCGGACGGAGGAUGCUGCCCGCGCCGUGGCGGGUUCCGAUUCGGGCAGCAGCGGCCGCGUCCCCCUCCUUGGCUCUGGGCAGCGUCGCCGGGGAGAGAUGACUUCAAGGCAUCAGGCGGACUGGAUCCCUUACAGUGUUCUGGAUGAUGAGGGGAGCAGCCUGCGUGAGCAGAAGCUUGACAGACAGCGAGCAUUGCUAGAGCAGAAGCAGAAAAAAAAGCGCCAGGAGCCAUUAAUGGUUCAGUCCAAUGUGGACAGUCGCACGAGAACACGCAGAAUGAAACAGUCGGAAGAACAAGCGCCACUGGUUGAAUCGUAUCUUAACAGCAACAGCAGCACCAUAUAUCAUGCAGUGCAGGAGGCGGAACAGGAAGAUGUAAAGGUGGUAGUGGAUGCCCAGGCUUCGAAACCAACUAAAAAAACCAAGGCAGGAGCUGCAAGCUGUCAGCCUGGCAGCACCAGAAAGGAGAAAAAAGGGAAACACAAAGGGAUUGAUGGCCCAGCUGCUUUUCAAGAUGAUGUUCAGAAGACAGGAAGUCAAGUGCAGAUUCUUACUGUUGGACAGCCUAGCCAUGAGGAAGAUGAUGGAGAGAAAAUGGCUAGUGGCCAACAACAGCAAAGCAAACAAGAUCUUAGAACAGCAAUGCAGAAAAAAGAUCCCCAUGCAAAUCCAUCCUGGUCCUCUUCCACCUCCCAAUCCAGUCUUGUCGCCUUGGAUCAUGCUCCUGGCAUUUCAAGCAGCAUGAAUUUUGAUGAGGAAGAGGAUGAGGAAGAUGAAGACAGCUCCAGUUCCUCUCAGUUAAACAGUAACACCCGGCCUGGUUCUGCCACAAGCAAGAAAUCCAAUAAGGAAGUGGCUUCAGCUCCCAGUCCUUGCACAAAUGAGCCUCUCAUAGAUGUUGAUGACCUGGAGGAAUUUGCCAUGAGACCUGCUCCACAGGGUGCCACUGUCAAAUGCAGAAUCACAAGAGACAAGAAGGGAAUGGACCGAGGGAUGUACCCCACUUAUUACCUCCACUUGGAAAGGGAGCAUGGUAAAAAGGUGUUUCUGUUAGCUGGAAGGAAACGAAAGAAGAGUAAAACCUCGAAUUACCUCAUCUCCAUAGACCCAACCGACCUGUCUCGGGGUGGAGAGAGUUUUAUCGGAAAACUGAGAUCAAAUCUUAUGGGAACUAAGUUUACAGUUUAUGACAAUGGAGUAAAUCCAAUAAAAACAACAUCAACCCUGGAGGCGACUGUCCUGCGUCAGGAGCUGGCUGCUAUUUGUUAUGAAACAAAUGUCUUGGGGUUUAAAGGACCUCGUAAAAUGAGUGUGAUCAUACCUGGAAUGAAUAUGGACCAUGAAAGAGUUUCCAUCAGACCACGAAAUGAACAUGAGACACUUCUUGCAAGAUGGCAGAACAAAAAUACAGAGAGUGUCAUUGAAUUGCAUAAUAAAACACCAGUCUGGAAUGAUGACACCCAGUCCUAUGUUUUAAAUUUCCAUGGUCGAGUCACACAAGCCUCAGUGAAAAAUUUCCAAAUUAUUCAUGAUAAUGAUCCUGACUAUAUAGUGAUGCAGUUUGGCCGGGUGGCUGAGGAUGUCUUCACCAUGGACUACAGCUACCCAAUGUGUGCACUGCAAGCCUUUGCUAUUGCCCUUUCAAGUUUUGACAGCAAGCUGGCUUGUGAGUAAAGGGGCCUGGGUGAGCAUCCUCUCAAAGGAAGCAGUUUGCCAUAUGAUUCCCAGUUCUGCUGGUGUCACUUAUGAUCCAUACUAAACAGUGCAGGGAAAAUGCAGUUGUGGAGGACCACUCUGUUGCUGAAGAGAGAGUAAAAGGAAUCUUCUAAAAAUUCAGGACAUUCAGGAAAUAAUAAAUAUUUUUCCUUUUUUUUUCUGUCAUGUUUUUCUGGAAGUGGCAUCAAAGUUUGUGUAAAUAGAAGUUCUAUCUCAUGUCCUUGAUUAUGUUAUGGAGAUGUGCCAUGAUGUACUGUACCGUGGCUCUCAUAGCACCAGUACAAGGGUAUCUUUUUUAAAUCCAGAAAGGGCGUGCACGCUCGAAAAAAUGUCUUUUUACAUUUAAGAAUGAUUCUGAGGCUGCAAUCGUACCUCAAGGUUGCAUUCCUACAUCGACUAAUCAGAGCUCCACAUCAUCCAACGUAAAAGAAAGAUGCACUUUUUUUUUUUUUUUUUUAUUUUGCAAGGAUCUCGUGUAGUAUAAAGCCAAGUCUGAGGGUUGAAAACCUAUACUGGACUGAACUCGAUGCAUUGCUAUUGUUUAUGUAGAAGGGCAUGGUGAAUUUUAAUUGCAGUAGGAGGAAACAGAGAAGUAGAAAGCACAAAAUAAUGUUGCACAAGUCACUUGAAUUCUAAGCUAUCAUUAUGUUCUAACAUCUCUAUGCUUUUUAAUUUGUUUCAAAUGAAAAUGUAUUUGGAGUACAGAGAAGGAGAAGGAAAAUGUCUAGAUGCCAAGAAAGCAUAACUUAUGUUGAGUUUGGCAUGUCAUGUGUUGAGAAUUUAUAUCCUUGUAUUGCUGUGGCAGUUCAAACACAUAUUUUGUAUGAAGUGAUAUAAACAGUUGGAUAAAGGCUCUCUGCAGAGAAUCUUAUAAUUUUGAACAGGCUGUGUAAAGCUGAGGAAGGUAAAUGGAAAUAUUUUAUUAAAUCUGUCUGGCCUUUUGCAAUUUUA